AGGACGCUGCCCAUUGCUGCUCCGAAGCGGCCCCCAUGAUUUAUUCAGCAGUGGAUCGGGGCACGCAAGCGAGCUGUCAGGAAGGCGUCAGCUUAUUAGGCAAAGGCUGCGUGAUUCUAGAAGAGGGUCUAACCUAUAAAAAUCACGCACCCGGGCUCUGAUUAGGAAGCCAUCUGAUCACAAGGACGGCAGGAGACGGCUCCAAGAGAUACACACCCUGAGAGCGAGAGAGCCAGAGAGAAAAGGGGGAAACCCCGAGCCCUGACUGACUCCACCUGCCCUGCUAAUCCCAUCGGCGUCUCUAAGAUCUGGACGCUGAGCCAUGAAGAUCCAGCUGCUGGUCUCUACCGGGAUCCUGCUGGUCGCUCUCCUGCCCUGCCAUGAGUGCAGAGCCCUCAGCAAGAGCGCCCCAGCCGCCCCCGCCGUCGACAGCGCUCUGCAGCAGCCAGAUCUUCUCCAAGAGCAACCACAGUCGCUGCCCAUCUUGCUCCGCAUGGGGGAAGAGUAUUUCCUGCGCCUGGGCAACCUCCACAAGAACGCAGCCCCGGCUGCCUCUUCCUCCUUCUCCUCCAGCACUAGCAGCAGCCACCUCGCCGCGUCCGCCGGCAACUUCUUCCGAGCAGCGGUCCAACAGCUACAGCAGCUGCAGCACCUCCAGGAGCGUUCGCUAAAGGGCGCCGCCGACCCCUGGGAGGGCGAAGACAACGACGGCGCCCAUCUGGAGGUCUCCGAGAAGGAGAAACGGUCCGAGGAGCCGCCGAUCUCCUUGGAUCUGACUUUCCACCUCCUCCGAGAAGUCUUGGAAAUGGCCCGAGCGGAGCAGUUGGCCCAGCAGGCACACAGCAACAGGAAACUGAUGGAAAUCAUCGGGAAAUGAAGCGCUCGCUCCCCUCCGCCCGCCCCCUACCAAAGAGAUCCUCCAGUUAGCACACCACUUCGGCAGUAUUUACACAGUUCCCUCGUGCUGUUCCUCCGGUCUCACCUUCUUUCUUUGAUUCGAGAGGGGGUGUCCCUUGACAUACACGGCCUAAUCUAGCCCUUGAGUAGCAUGCCCAGCGGUGUAUACCCCAGUGUCGAUUGUAACUUUCUGUCCCACUUUUCUUUUCUUUUCUUUUCUCUUCUCCUCCCUCCCGUCAAAAUUAACCCACUCUUUUAGGGCGGCGUCCAGGCGGCUCAGCCAUUGGAAGCUGGCCAAGGAGAGAGCCUUCUGGGGAGGCGGGCGGGGAAGCGGGUCGGGGAGGGGGCCCCUCUGUGUGUAAGCUCCUCGCAGUCGCAGUCCACUCUUCUUAUUCUUCUUCCGCCUUCUUUUCUUCUUUGUAAACGUUGCCACCAAUAAAACAUCUUUUCAGCGCUCGGUCCAUUUGGUUGUGCAAGAGAACGUUUAAUAUUUAUAUUUUUAAUAAAAGCUGCAAAGGAACGA